UCCAAGAUUGGCGCUUGCUUUGCUGUGUGCACAACAAUUGAUACUGUCGGUAUUGUCGGUCCCAUGGGUCCCAUGGAUCUUUCGAAAUGGGCUUUUCUCGAGGACGAUGACGAUGAGGGUCAAGCUUGCUUUGCUGAAGCCAGUGAAUUGCGAGAGCAGGCCAAUGCUUUGGCUCACCAUGCGCAUGGAAAGGAGCCCUCUGAGCGCCAAAAGAGUCUUCGAGAGGCCGUGUCCAUGUACUGCAGAGCUGUUGAACUGUUGAAGACCAGCAGACUGCCAGCAUCUGCGCCAGCUAGAGAACUUGGGUUGCACUGUCGUUUGAAUGCGGCAUGCCUUGCCUUGGAGGCUGCGUCCAUCCCAACUCCUGGUGCGCAAGGGCAGAAGCAGGCGCAACAGGCUGAGAAGACCUCGGAACGUUUGGCACUGGAAGCCUUAGAACUGGACCCCAAAAAUCCGCAUGCUGCGCUGCUGUUGGCACGUUUGAGCGCUGACCAGCGAGCUGCGUGGCUGGCUUUGGCAAAGAGCUGGGCCUCGGAGCGCCAGGACCAGGA